AUGGCGAUCUCGAGAACUCUUGCCCUUGCUUGCGCGCUCCCGCUCCUCGCUCUCCUCGUGACUUCACACUUCGUCAACGUCUCUGCUGACGUUUCUCUCGUGGGAUUCUCCUCCUCUGACGUCGUUAGCUAUGCAGGCGAUCUGGCUGAUUCGGGCGCCUCGGUGUCGUCCUUAGCAUCAUCGACGCGCCGCGUGUUGGACAGCGACGAGGAGAAAGCGGCGAAGAAGGCGAAGAAGGAGGCGGAUAAGGCGAAGAAGGAGGCGGAGAAGGCGGCCAAGAAGGCCAAGAAAUCCAAGUCGCCCCCUGCUUCCCCCGAGCCCACGCCGUCCCCGCCACCCCCGCCGUCCCCGUCCCCCGCCACCACCACCAAGUCCCCCAAGACCCCCAAGACCCCUAAGACGCCUGUCGGCCCGUCUCCCCCCGCGUCGCCGUCCCCCAAGUCCGGAAAGUCCCCCAAGACGCCCGCGGGCCCCGCGACCGGCGUGACGCCGCCGCCGAAGAAGGUGAGCGCGGCAGACGCGGGCGUGAAGGCGGACCUGGCGGCGGCGGCGAAGCUGGUGGACCAGGCGAACGCCGUGUUGACCGUGACGACUUACAAGAAGAGCUUGACCGACACGGCGCAGGCGCUGCGCAACGCGGGCAUUCUGAUCGACCAGGGGCAGCGCACGCUGGUGCCGGGGCAGAUCACCAACGCCAUCUCCACCAUCAGGGGUGUCUCCGUUAUGCUCAAACCCGCUACCGAUAAGGCCACGCUCGGCCUGCUCAAGUCUGCGCAAACCAAGGCGGAAUCCGCCCAGGCCGCUUUCAAGCCCUAG